AUGACUCUUGUCUAUCAACUUGCUGCCAAUUUUCCCAGCAUCUGGAAGGAUGUUAACAGAGUUAUCUGUGACAAUCCCACUCUAUUAGAUCCAGACAAGUCUCUCUCCGAUCAAAUGGAGGCUCUCUUUCUCCAACCUCUUCACAAUCUUCAACUUAGAUUGCGCAGGUGUCCACCUCUGACAUUUGUUGUCAAUGCUCUUGAUGAAUGCACAUCCAAACCUGAGCUUACUGAUCUGAUCCUUUCCCUUGCAUGGGCUCUUUCCUUUCAGAACAGGGAGGUGCAGCUGUUGUUGUGUGAAAUACCCAUGAAAACUUCUGGGGAGAGUGUUACUACCAUCAUCUCGCUCGAUGGCACUGAUGUUGACAAAGACAUCUACAUUUUCUUGCAGCAUUCCUUCACAGAGCUGGCAAAUUGCCAUACUGAUUUCCCUCAGCCAUUGAAAGAUGAUCUUGUGAAGCUGCUGAUGCUCAAGCUAACGAGUGAACUGCUGCCAGGAACAGAGGUGUACAAGUUAUAUGAUUGUAUCCUCUCCACAUGUGCCAACCCCAAGUGGGCUUACAUUCACUUGUCCAUUGUUGCUGCCCUCACAGACCCUCUUCCCAUCGCACAAAUCUUGUCACUUUUUAGCCCUGGUUUAGGCAGAGAUGUGCAAACAAUGCUGAUACAACUAUGGUCUGUCAUGGAUAUCCCUACAGACAGCACUCUCCCUCCUCCCUCAAAUAUGUGA